GAUGAAAAACGAACGGGAAAAAAAAAAAUCAAAUCAAAUCAAAGAGCGACGAGCCGCGGGGCGCUGCGCUCUCAGUUCAUGGCACCCUCCUGCACGGCCGGGUCCGGCGGGGCUGAGCCGUCAGAAACCUGCUACGCGGACUCCUGCAUCUUCGGCUCCUGCCAGCCGAGGAGCUGCGGCCACCGCUCGUCAGUCAAGCAGCUCGCUUCCUGGUGCGGCGGCCGCCGCCGUCCUCCAGGUGACGGCAGCUCUGCCCGCGGCGGGCGAGGGGAGCGCUGCAAGGGGAAACUGAGGCACGGCGAAGCGCGCGCGUGGGGCCGCGGUGGCGCAGCGCGCGCCUGCGCUCCCGAGCCGAGCUGCAGCCUCCCCCCGGCGCCUGCGAACCAAGCAAGGAAUUGUGCUCGGCUUUCCGGCGUCCGCGUCCUCCGCUUCGACCACAAAACCAGCCUUCCUCUCCCCGGCCGCCUCCCCCUCCCACGGCCAGCUCAUUUCCUGGCAUUACAAAAUUCAUCCCCAACAAAGAGGGACCCAGGAGCGCGCGGCUCGCACCGGGGCUGCGCCCUCCCCGGCCCCCCCAGAAAUAAAGGGAUGUGGCUGGAGGGGUCCUGGGGAGACCCCGCAGCAGCUCCCGGCCACGUCUUUGUCCCCACGCCACGCAGGAUGGGGCCCUGCGGACAGAUCGGCCGCAGGAUUCCCAGCUGCAGGACAGACGGACAAGUCUGGAUCCUUCACCGCUGCAACGGGAGAGCACCGGGGACGGGGAUGCCGAGUUCAGCCUCUCCCCCUGCUGCACCUGCUGUAUCGAAAGAACUACCGGCCCGACCAACCUGGUGGCCAAGCACGACCCCCGAGGGCCACCCCUCGGUUUCUGUUACCAAAAAGAGCCGUGUCCUGCCACGCCGGGCAGCAGGACGGACGGACAACCAGCGGGAGCUUCGCCCUGCCCUUUCUACCCGCGCAUCUCCUUUCCGCCUCAUUUCAGCUGCCAGCCCCGGGGCCCCGGGGCCGCUGCCGCCCUCGAAGCUGGCCGCCCGGCCGGGUGUCACCGCAGCAGAGCCAGGCGUCACCCACAGACCGGGAGGGCGUGGGUGGGGAGCACCGGCGGGACCACGGCACCACCCUCGCCCUGGGGGCUGCGCACAAGCCCCGACACCGGGCUGCGAGGCGUCCCCGUCCCCAUCCCGCCCCGGGCGUGCGCACCAAGCCCCCCUCCCAGGGGUUUUCUCCUUCCCCCGGCCCCCCCGGCGAGGCUCGAGGCGCCGCCGCGUUGCAGAGCCCCGUGCUCCGGGCGGCGAGCUGGGUGGAGGACGUGCGAACACGGGGAUUGUGCUCCGCGCUGCCGCUUUCGGCUGCCGGCCGGCCCCUGCCUGCAAAAAAGAACCGAGGAGGAGAUCGCAUCGAGCCCCCGCGGGGACCCCGCGUGCGCCCACCGGAGCCUGGAGCCGUGCCCGUGUGCCAGCACCUGUGUCGUGCCCGCCAGCAUGGAAACACCUCUGCUAACGCAGGCGGCAGCACCGGCGCUCGGCCACUGUCCCCAAACGGUGGCGAAAAGGGUUUUUGUUUUGUUUUUUUUUUCCCCCCUGAGGGAAAAAGGUAUUGGGUGUUCCAAAUCGUGUGUCAAGCUGGAAAAAAAAAAAAAAAUACAUACGGGAGCGAUGGAGGCAGCACAGGGCAGCGAAUUCCCUUUUCGAAGUGAAAUGAGGGGAGGAAAAGGGGGAAAGGGAAGGCGAUCUUUUUGUCUGGCUGCACAGAAGUGCUGACCGGGCGAAAAAAAAAAAAACCAAAAAAAAAAACGUUCCUGUUCGGAAGCCCGAGCUUCGGUUUCGCCCCGCGUGGCGCGGGCAGCAGGAGCACAGGGCUGCGGCACGGCGCUGCCGCCCCGGCCUCCCAGCAGGAUCGGUCCCGCGCCGCUGCUGGAAGCCAGCCCGAGGCGAAACGAGGCGAAACGGGGCAAAACGAGGCGAAAUCGGGCAAAACGAGCCUCGCCGCCCCGGCAGCCUCGCGCCGUAGCUCUUAUCCCCGAGGGCCUGCUGGAGGAGGGUGGCCGGGGCAACCUUCCUCGCCUGGCGCAGGGGGCUGGAAGGCGCUAAAUCCCACAAACGAGGCCCCAGCCCCGUCAUUAGAUCAAUCCCAAGCUAAUUAAGCUGCCGCCGCCGCACGCCGCCGCAGGAAAGCCCUGCCACGGCCGGCUCCUCGCGGGGCGCCCGCGUCCCCGGGGCCACUGCCACCCGGUGCCACCGCGGGGAUGGCAGAGAACUGGGGGGGGAAAGGCAGGGGGGCAGUGGGA